UAGUGGGGAUCCAAAGGGUAUAGCCAGCUGGCGAGUAGCCGAAGAGCUGCAGUUUCGCGAGAACGACGACAUUCCAAAGAGGGACCAAAAAUUAGAUAGCCUAAUAUAAUUCGUUCGUCCGUUGUAGUGAAUCUUAGUGCGAUCGAGGAUCAUCCUGCGACCAAAAAAGCAUAAAACCGGAAGAAUGUUCGCGGCUGGGAUCGUCACGUUGCUAGGCGCCAUCGCGCUGACACACGCCGCAUUUAAUUGUCCUAGCAAGGACGGUCAAUACGAGGACAGCAAGCAAUGCGAUAAGUACUAUGACUGCAUCGAUGGCAUCGCAUCGGAAAAAUUGUGCCCAGACGGUCUCGUGUUCGAUCCUCUGAAUCGCAAGGUCAACAAGUGCGACCACGUAUUUAACGUCGACUGCGGCGAUCGACUCGAAUUACAACCUCCGCAACCAACGAAAAAGUGUCCACGACGAAAUGGCUUCUUUGCGCAUCCCGAUCCGUCAGUGUGCAAUAUCUUUUACAACUGCAUCGAUGGAGAGGCGAUCGAGAUCACUUGCACCACCGGGUUGCACUUUGAUGAGUACAGUGGAACCUGCGUGUGGCCUGACAGCGCGGGUCGCGAGGGUUGCGGAGUCUUGGGUAAGAAGCUGCAGGAUGGCUUCGAGUGUCCGAGCGAGGGUCAGGUCGACAGCAGAGGUAUGUUGAUCGAUCAUCCCAAAUUCCCACACCCCGAUGAUUGCCAGAAGUUUUAUGUGUGCUUAAACGGGGUAACACCACGCGAGCAAGGCUGCAGCGAUGGUACUGUUUACAACGAGGAGCAACAGAGGUGCGACGCGCCCGAAAACGUCCCCGGAUGCGAGGAUUGGUAUAAAGACGAUGACAAGAAGCUGUAAGGAAGUUGUCGGUGUUCAUCUGUCCCGCAUCGGGACAUUUCAUGUUUCGUUCUAAUCGUGUCACCUCUUUCCUUCAUUCAACGAAUAAUCCCAUUGUGUGUGUUUAGCCAUUUGAAUGACUUGGAAUACAUUUUAUUUUUACUUUA